AUGAAGAGCUUCAUUGCCCUAGCGGCAUUGGCUGCUGGCACCAAUGCCCUUGUCAGUCGUACUGACAGCUGCUGCUUCCAUCUCACAUCCUCCGGCGGUGCCUCCGGCAAGCUUGGCCAGCUGGACGAUGGCCAGAACCGCAUCGGUGAUAACAAGUUGUCGCCUGCCCAGUACUGCAUCAAUCCCAAGGGCGAGAUCACCGACGCCAACGGCCGUGGAUGCAUUUUGACCCCGCCUACCACUCAAUUCCAGUGUGAUGAGGGCUCGCCUUCUACCCCGGGCUUCUCUAUCAGCUCCAAGGGCGAGCUCGAGCACAACGGCAACAAAGACUUUGUCGCCUGCGCUACAGGCCAGAAUGGAGGUCUGAAUGUCUAUACCCACCCUAACAAGAAGGAUGUCACCGGCUGCGUGAAAGUGAAAUUGAGCGCGGACGCUUGCUCACACUCGGGCUCUAUUUCCGGCAACGGCGCGUCAUCUUCUGCUGCGGCACCUUCUUCCUCCAGUGUAUCAUCCCCUAGCGCAGCUGCGGGAACUGGAGGUGUUCCUGCUCCCUCUGGAGCCACUGGCUCUACUUUGCCCGGCUCGCCUCAAACUGUCGUGAGCACCGUCACUGUUACCGACUGCAGCUGCACUGCUUCUGGCGCUCCCGGUGUUCCUGGCGCUGUUGGAUCAUCGGCCCCUGGGGCACAAACCUCUGUUCCUAGCGGCGAGGGAGCCACCGGUGGGGCGAAGCCCCUGGGCAGUAUGCCUGCUCCAUCUGGCGGCGUUGGAAUCAAACCCUCCACUGCUGCCCCCGCUCCCUCUGGCGGCGGCGGCGGCGGCUUGAUGCCCUCCCAGUCUAGCAGUGUGUCUGCUCCCGCUGCUGGGGGUGGUCUUACCACUCCCACUGGCGGCUCGGCUUCCGCACCCUCCACCGGUAGCGGUGUUGGUACACAACCUGCCGGUACAGCUAGUACUUCUGGUCCGCUAGUCGGCGGUGGUGGUGCCGUCUCUACCAGAUCGGCCUCGGCUUCUUCUGUCCCGGUUUCGUCUGCCUCGGUUUCAUCUGUCCCGGUUUCGUCUACUCCUGUCCGGUCUUCCACCGGAGCCAACGGUGCUAGUUCGCAACCCAUCAGAUCCUCAAGUGGAUCGGUCCCUGCCAGCUCUGCCUCUCCUACUCCCUCCGCCACCGAGUCUGCCAGCGCCGCCUGUCCAACUACUCUGGAGUCGGGCGAGUAUGAGAUCCCCCACCUGAUCAUCCCAGUCGACUCGUCUUCCCCCGACGCUGCUCCCGGCACUUCGAUGAAUGGCACUGUGACCUCGACCAUCUCAUCAGUGUUCAAUUUCGAUAUCCCCGCCUCCGACUCCGGAAAGACCUGCAGUCUCGUGUUCCUGUUCCCUGAACUCAAGGACCUUGAGACUUCAUCGUACAGCUUGAGCGGUGAUGGCAAGAUUGACUUCGCCAAGCUCACCGCCGUUGCCCAGCAAUCGACAAGUUUCAAGAACGUUCCCUCUGUCUCCCAGGACCUUGGCACUAUCUCUGUCUCCCCGGGGAACUCUUAUGUUGUCUCUACGUUCGACUGUCCGGCUGGUGAGGCUGUCUCCUACGAGAUGAAGAAUGCUGGCAGCACCGACCUCAAUUUCUUCCAGGACUGGAACCCCUCUCCCCUCGGACUGUUCAUUACCACCUGUUAA